CUGCGAACCAACCGCUUCCCAGGUCGAAGGCGCAGCGUGGGGUGGAGGCCAGGAGGCCCCUGCCCGUGUGCGCGGCGGGCCCUGGGGUGCAAGGUGGCUGCAGGCUCAGCGUGGAGGAGCCAGUGCUGGGCCUCUGCCCAUUUGAGAUUUUGGAGCUAGGAACUGAGACUUCGCACUGGGGUUGGCAGCUAGGAUCAGGCUUGCAUGGCCCAGCUGUGAUACGAGGGAGGCUUUUGCAGAUGGCCCCAGUUGUGGAGCUGCGGUCCAGCCUGAAGCUCGCAAAGGGCUGGAUAACAAUAGCUCAGCUUAGUCCAUCAGAAGAGGACAAAGCUUUCUUGACAGUCAUAUGGAAACACGUUUUGUGAUCUUGCUGCUACCUCUGAGUCCAGGAUCAGAGAUGGGGGAGAAAACUAGGAGUGCUGGUCUGCAGGAUCAAGUCCAUAUGGAGGCUGAAUCUCCUGUUUCCCAUGGAGUCACUACCAAGGUGAUACAAGCUACUUUCUUAUCAGCCCUGAAGAUGCUGGAUGUUGGAAAAUGGCCAAUUUUUGCUCUCUGCUCUCAAGAAGAACUGAAGUUAAUUCGUCAAGCCUGUGUAUUUGGCAGUGCUGGUAAUGAAGUGUUGUAUGCAACUGAAAAUGAUGAGGUGUUUGUGCUUGGCACCAACUGCAGUGGCUGUUUGGGAACUGGUGACAUUCAGAACACUAUUGAACCACGGAGAUUAGAUACUUUAUGUGGCAAAAAGAUAGCGUGUCUGAGCUAUGGAAGUGGUCCCCAUGUUGUUGUUGCUACAGCAGAAGGAGAAGUGUACACAUGGGGCCAUAAUGCUUAUAGUCAACUGGGCAAUGGUACAACAAAUCAUGGUUUAAUUCCCUGUCAAGUCUCUACUAACUUGGUAAACAAGAAAGUAAUUGAAGUCGCCUGUGGCUCUCACCAUUCCAUGGUGUUAACAUCUGAUGGAGAGGUGUAUGCAUGGGGUUAUAAUAAUUCAGGACAGGUUGGAUCUGGUUCAACUGCUAAUCAGCCAAUUCCUCGAAGAGUUACCGGCUGCUUACAAAAUAAGAUAGCUGUCAGUAUAUCUUGUGGACAGAUGUGCUCAAUGGCUGUAGUAGAAAAUGGGGAGGUCUACGUCUGGGGUUACAAUGGUAAUGGCCAGCUCGGAUUGGGCAACAGUGGUAAUCAGCCAACACCCUGCAGAAUAGCUGCUUUGCAAGGCAUUCGUGUGCAGCGGGUUGCCUGUGGCUAUGCACAUACAUUAGUGCUAACAGAUGAAGGUCGGCUGUAUGCCUGGGGAGCCAAUUCAUAUGGCCAGUUAGGCACUGGCAAUAAAAGUAACCAGCCUUAUCCCAUACCAAUUAUUGUUGAUAAGGACAGAGUUAUUGAGAUUGCAGCCUGCCAUUCUGCUCACACUUCUGCUGCUAAAACCCAGGGUGGUCAUGUGUAUAUGUGGGGUCAGUGCCGUGGUCAGUCUGUGAUUCUUCCACAUCUUACGCACUUUGCCUGCACUGAUGAUGUGUUUGCUUGUUUUGCUACUCCUGCUGUGACAUGGCGUCUCCUAUCAGUAGAACCUGAUGACCACCUAACAGUAGCGCAAUCACUGAAGAAGGAAUUUGACAACCCUGACACUGCAGACUUGAAGUUUCUAGUGGAUGGAAAAUAUAUUCAUGUUCACAAAGUCCUUCUAAAAAUUAGAUGUGAGCAUUUUCGUUCUAUAUUAAGUAACGCUGAUGAUGAAAUUAUAGAAAUGAGUGAAUUCUCUUAUCAAGUUUAUCGAGCUUUCCUGGAAUAUCUGUAUACAGACAGCAUCAGUCUCCCUCCUGAGGAUGCAAUAGGGCUGCUAGAUUUGGCAACAUUUUAUAGAGAAAAUAGAUUGAAAAAGCUUUGCCAGCAAACUAUCAAACAAGGCAUAUGUGAAGAGAAUGCAAUUGCUCUUCUUUCAGCUGCAGUCAAAUAUGAAGCUGAGGAUUUAGAAGAAUUUUGCUUCAGGUUUUGUAUAAACCACUUGACUGUUGUGACACAAACUACAGGCUUUGCAGAAAUGGACCAUGACCUCUUGAAGAACUUCAUUAGUAAAGCAAGCAGAGUAGGAGCAUUUAAAAACUGAAGAAUGGUUGCUGCAAAACAAGGUGCUUUCAUCAUGGGAACACUUGCCCUUUGAAAAACAUACCAGCCCUCAGAAUUUAUGAAUGCUCGAAAGAAAAGAUGACAUCAUCCAUUGAAGUCAGUGUUAAUAUUAAUGGGUGGAUGUAGUAAGCUUCUGUAUAGCCUAAUGCACAAGCUUUGUGAAGAAGGGUAUGGAAUAGAAUAACAACCUGCAAGAAGCUAGUUUUACAUAAUUCUAAUGGAAUAAUUACGUUUUCCUUUAAAAUCAAGUGGACUGCUCUGUAUUUUCCAUAUGUAUUCUUCCCCCCCUCCUUGAAAUAUUUUCAAAAACAGCUUUUUAACAUCUUCAUCUGAACUGGAUAGCAUAAAGCUGGCUGUUUCAUGCUAAAGCUUCAUUAUGCACUUUUACAGUUAAUAAAAGUAAAUGUGCUACAGGAAGAUUCCCCCCUUUCUGGUUAAUUUACCUUCCCCUCUAGAGAAAUUUAGAGAUACUUGCUUUGUGUUGCUAAAUGUAGGAUAAAGGAAUAUAUUAUUCUAGCAGAUGUACCCAAUGUUGCUCGGGUCCUUAACUGUAGCAGUGGUUGGGGUAUUUUUUUAAUUAAAAAGGAAAAUGUACAUGCUUUAUUUAAAUGAUGGCAGGCAAGAGUGUAUGUGUGUGCGUGUGCGCGUGUGAUCCAAGGCAAAGGGUGCAAGAGUCUGGGCAUCUGACGAAGUGGGUCUUUGCCCACGAAAGCUUAUGCUCCUACACUUCAGUUAGUCUAUAAGGUGUCACAGGACUCCUCGUCGCUUGGGCACGGAGUAGGUUGCAGGCGUUAGGGGAGGGUGGGGAUGCAGGAGUCAGAGGAGCAGGUUGAAAGAUGUUGGGGGAGGACUCGGGGCAGAGAGUGGGAAGUGCAGGACUCAGGGCAAGGGUCUGGGAGGGCUCACUGGGAUCACUCACGGCAGUGAGGCCAGCACUGCUCCUAUGGCAGUGGCUGCCCAGGGUGCUUACAACCAUGCUGCUCCAGGGCAAUGAAAUGACAGCUCCCCAGGGCCAGCCAAGACUGUGCUCCCUGCUGGUGGCUCUUCCCUCGGAGGUCUGCACUAGCCAGUGUUCCUCCACAGAGGGCCAAGGCUAUGCUGCCCUGUUGGCUGCUUCUCCUGGGGGG